UAGCCUCAUAGCCUCGUAGCCGGCUAACAAGGUGGGCAUCUCAGGGGGCUGCUAGGAACGGUACCACUGUGAAGAGCGAGAGCAGAAGAAAAAAUCGACUAAAAAGCCCGUCCUGGAGGAGGGGCUCUGGGCCGGAGGGCUUCCGCCCCCCCAGACCCAGUUUAUUGACUCGCUAAUUGGAGGAGACGCUGGGAGAGAGAGGCUGGGAGACGAGGCUGCGGUGACCGCGAGACGAGAGGAGGAGAUGCAGACUGAAGCACAUUGAAGCUGUUGCUCCGCCGCUGCCGAGAGAUGCUCUCAUCCACCUGAAGAGCAGCGGGACAGCAGAAGCUCCACCGCAUCCCGAUGGACGUUUCGCCCUGUGGACGGUACCGGAACCGCUGGGGACAUCGUCUGAAAGACACGCCGUCGAUCGGAGAACUCCGCAACCAGAGGCGUCGUGACAAGUGAAGGAUUCUUUUCCGUCCCUCAAUCCGUGGAUUCUAGUUUCACCUGUUUCCCCCCCUCGCGUCUCCAUGGAUGAACCGCGGGUGUUUUUCGGCGCGUCCUCCGCGGUGGGCCAUGUGGGAUCACACUGAGACACAGAGCCAGGGUACAAGACGUUUCAGUGGGAUUUCUCCAGAAGCCAAUGAAGCCCGGUCGCUGCCGGCCAUAGCUAUGCUCCGUUGCCGCGGGUGAUCGCUUCGUUCCUGCGUGCUUCCCGUCUUCUGGCCACGAUGAGCAGCUCCAGUAACCCCCCCAAACGCAACACCUACCUGAUCUCCCUGACGCUGGUCAAGCUCGAGGCUCUGCCAGACGGGGAGCAGGAAGAGGACCUGGACCAGGACCUGGACUUGGGCCUGGAGACCCCCCACCCGGGAGCAGACCCCCCAGGUCCGGAGCCGGACCCUGAGGAGGUGCCGUGCAGGACCGCCCCCGAAGAGGAAGAUGCAGAGAAAAGUGAGGAGGAGGAGGAGGAGGAGGAGGAGGACGACGAUGAAGAGGAGGAGGAGGAGGUAGAGGAGGAAGAGGAGGAGGAGGAGGAGGAGGAGGUGCCGACCAACAACGGAGGUCUGCCUCCGGACCCCGUGGUCCGGGCCCCCCAGGCGAGACCCCCGGGGAGCCUCCAGCUCAGGGAGGCCUGCUUCCGGGCCCCGCCUCCCCCGCCGCUCACCGACUCCAUGAGGGCCCUCGAGAGGGGCUUCUUCCCCGAGGGCGGGGUCCGCGGCCGGGAGGGGGCCCGCCCCCGGACCGAGUUCUACCGGGACCCCCCCAGGCUGUUCCUGAAGCGCGAGGACGGGGGCGACCUGAGCAGCAGCCAGUCCCUGCAGCGCUGCAGCGUCUCGCCGGCGGCGCUGUCGCCGCAGGUCGGCCAGCGGCCCCCCGAGGUGCUGAUGCGGUCCCACGCGCCCCCCCCGGCCGAGCCCCUGUCCUGGUGGGAGAAGAGGGAGGCGCGGCAGAGGCUGCUGGCCUCCGUCAAGACCCUGGACCGCCGGGAGCACCGCUACGGGGAGCCGUCGCCGCGGGCGACCACCGCCACGCUGGGGCCGUACCGCGCCUCCUGGGCCGACAGCGACACCAAGGCCACCCUGAUCCGGCCCGGGUACCCGGCGGGCGCGGGGUACCCGGGCCUGGUCGGGCCCAGGGAUCCCCCCUCCGCCGGAGACCCCCGGUUCCAGCCGGUGUCCGGGGUCCUGCCCCCUCCCCCGCCCCCUCCUCCGCCCCCGGCCGCGCCUGGACCCCCCCCUCAGAGGAAGGGCAAGAGCCGCACGCUGGACUACAGCGACCUGAGCGGCCUGGGCGAGGACCCCCGCCGGGGGGGCCCACGGGCGCCGGCCCGGGACAGGAAGAUGCUCAAGUUCAUCAGCGGCAUCUUCACCAAGAGCACGGGGGCGGGGCCGCCGGUGGCCCCGCCCCCCAGCACCCUGUACCCCCCCGUGGAGCGCUGCUCCAGCGAGGACGAAGCGGCGUGUGCCAGUCAGGACUGGACUUUCAAGCAGACCGUCCAGGAGCUUCACCUGGGGGUUCUCGGAGGGCUCUGCAGUGGGAAGUCUGCCCUGGUUCACAGACACAUGACUGGGAGCUACUUGCCGUCUGAGCACCCUGACGGGCGCCAGUACAUCAAGGAGAUGCUGGUGGACGGCCAGAGUCACCUGCUGGUGAUCAGGGAGGAGACGGGGCCGCCAGAUGCUCAGUUCGCCUGCUGGGUGGACGCAGUGAUCCUGGUGUUCAGCCUGGAGAACGAGGCCAGCUUCCAGGAGGUGUACCGCAACUACCACCAGCUCAGCACACUCCGGCCCAUCGCCGAGAUCGCCUUCAUCGUGGUGGGCUCUCAGGAUAAGAUCAGCAGCAGCAACCCGCGGGUCAUCGGCGACGCCCGCGCCCGGCAGCUCUGCUCCGACGUGAGGCGCUGCACCUACUAUGAGACGUGCGCCACCUACGGCCUGAACAUCAACCGGGUCUUCACCGACGCUGCUCAGAAGAUCAUGGCGGCCAAAAAGCAAGCGGCGCUAUUGGCCUCCUGCAAGUCCCUCCCCAACUCCCCCAGCCACUCAGAGGGCUCCACGCCGGUGUCGGGGGUGUUCCCCGGCCAGGCCAGUAACGGCGGGCAGAGCAGCGACUACUCCUCCUCCCUGCCCUCCACGCCCGUCAUCAGCCACAAGGACCUGUGUGCCCGCCAGGCCCGGGGGGCGGGGCCCGAGGACAGCCCCGCCCCCGCCGCCGCCGCCGCCGCCGCCGCCACCGCCCAGCGCAGCGCCGCCCCGCGGAGACGCACGCCCCGCUUCACGGGCCGGCGGGGCAGCGACUCCAACCGGAGGAGCGCCGACAGCACGGGGGACCUGGGCAGCGGACGCUCCAUCCCCGUCAAGCAGGGCUUUCUGCUGAAGCGCAGCGGGAACUCGCUGAACAAAGAGUGGAAGAAGAAGUACGUGGCGCUGUCCAACGACGGCAUCCUGUCUUACCACCCCAGCGUCAACGACUACAUGCUGAACGGCCCCGGGAAGGAGAUAGACCUGCUGCGCGUCACUGUGAAGGUGCCGGGGAAGAGACCCCCCCGCGCCGGGCCCCCCUGCGGCCCCCCGCUGGGGGUCAACGGGAGAGCCAAGGAGGGGCAGGACGUCACCCACCCAGACAUGGAGGGCGUGUCCAGCUCAUCGUCCACGCGGGACGCGGCCGGGACGUCCCCGCCGUCGGACAGGAAGAAGCAUCGCAGGAAGAAGAGCCUGAACCAGAAGGGGGACUCGGCUGCCGGCCAAUCAGAUGCCAAGCGAAAAAUGUGGAAGCUAAAAAGCUUUGGCAGCUUAAGAAACAUAAACAAGACAGACGAGGACAACUUUGACUUCCUGGUGGUGUCCAGCGCGGGCCAGACGUGGCACUUCGAGGCGCACGCGGCGGACGAGAGGGACGCGUGGGUGGCUGCCAUCGAGAGCCAGAUCCUGGCUCGCCUCCAGCUCUGUGAGAGCAGCAAAAACAAGAUCCGCAACAACAGCGGCAGUGAGGCGGAGGCCCUCCAAGCCAUCCGCAACGCCCGGGGGAACAGCUUCUGUGUGGACUGCGACGCCCCGAACCCCACCUGGGCCAGCCUGAACCUGGGGGCGCUGAUCUGCAUCGAGUGCUCCGGGAUCCACCGGAACCUGGGCACCCACCUGUCGCGGGUGCGCUCCCUGGACCUGGACGACCUGCCCAGGGAGCUGACCCUGGUGCUGGGCGCCAUCGGGAACCACCUGGCCAACAGCAUCUGGGAGGGGCGCACCUUCGGCCGCCACAAGCCGCUGCCCGACGCCUCCCGUGAGGAGCGGGAGUCCUGGGUGCGGGCCAAGUACGAGCAGCGGCUGUUUGUGGCGGCGCUGCCCCCCCCCUCCCCCAGCGAGGGGCCGGGCAUCACCCUGUCCGGCCGCCUCAUCCUGGCCGUGCUGGAGGACAACCUGCCCCGCCUGCUGCUGCUGCUGGCCCACUGCACCAAGGAGGACAUCAGCGCCCCCCCGGUGUGCCUGGCCCUCAGCUCCUGCUCCCCCCUGCUGGCCCGCCUGCCCGCCUCCCCGCUACACGCCGCCUGCCAGCAGGCCGACGUGGUCAUGACGCAGCUCAUCAUCUGGUACGGCUGUGACGUGCACUGCCGGGACCCCCACGGCCACACGGCGCUGCAGUCCGCCCGCCGCGCCGGCAGCCAGGAGUGCGUCGACAUCCUGCUGCUCCACGGCUGCCCCGACGAGCCCGGCCCCCCCCCGGCCAGACCCCCCUGCCCCUCGCUCCCCGCCGCCGCCGCCGCCGUGCCCGGCCUCUCUGUUGCCAUGACACCGAGCCCGCCGGUUGCCACGACGCUCAAGAUCUCUCACAAGAGUAAUGUGACCAGCUACAGGAGAGCCGUUUUAUAAUCCAACUGUGAGGUGUGACUGUGUGUGUGUGUGUGUGUGUGUGUGUACGUGUGUGUGUUUGUGUGUGUGCGUGCGUGCAUAUGUGUGUGUGUGUGUGUGUGUGUGUGUGUGUGUGACCCACUAGUUAACAUGCGUCUGCUCUCAGCGGACUGCGACUCAAAACACAGAUGAGAAGGCGAAUGCCUCAGUUAUAAUUUGACAGGUUUGGUAACUAUUAAAACCAGAAGGAUCCCGUUCAAAGGGCAGGCGUGUGGGACUCUUUACUCUACCCCGACCGCAGUGACGAGGGCAGUAAGAUCACCGUUAGUGUGUAAGAGUUACUCGACAUUAAUGAUAUAUUGCUCAUGACUCGCUCACCUUGUUUCUGAUUUCGAGAACGAACCGUUCACUGCCAAACCCUGCUCUGGGAUUAGACAGGAAAAACCCACCUCUGAAAGCAGCUCUUAUCGUGAUGUGACCGCUCAUAGUACGUUCCAUUAGAUCCAUCUCCAUUUAUCUUGAAGAGUAGAUCAUAGAAGUUAAAAGAAUUGCAAUAUUUUUACUAUUUGUAUGAAUCGGUGGAUGUGUUGGUAUCUUGGUUUGUUUACGUAUGUGCUUGGAUUCACCGCGUCGGAGGUAUUGGUUGGGUCUCAUUUUAAGAUUGUUUAUGGACAGAUAUAUGUUAGAAAAUAUACAGAAUGUGUAUUCAGUGGCUGGUUCAUGCUAGAGACUCAUUUGAUCAUCACUAACCACAGAAACGACUUGGCUCAGGAACGGGCUAGUUAGCAUUCACUAACGAUGACGGCAAACACAGUUCUUGAAUAUUGUUGCUAUCAUUUAAAAAAAGGAAGUAUAAAACUGUUAUUUGAAAGGUUUUUAUUAUAUUAUCAGAUUUAUAAAGUACAUUCCUACAUAUAUUACAGUACUGGGUCUCUGUCGCCGUUUAGAGAUUAACAGCUUUUGGGUUUCUCUUCGUUGUUGCCUAGGCGAUCUGUCUUCUCUCAAAAACACUUUAAAGACUGAAAGUUCUUACGUUUGUUGGCUUUGUGUGACAAAAGGCAGUUAUUGAGUUAUCGAGGGCGAUGCUAAACUCACGAACAUGAAUGAAGCAUCAAGGCUCACAGUGAUUUAUUCUAUUCUGGUCCACAUGCAACGCAAACAAACAGAUCUGAUGCCUUUGUUUCGACUGAAUGUAUUACACAAGAAAGUUAGGGCCGAGAAAAAACACGAAUGUUUUGAUUUCUGCUUGAAAGAGGCUUCGACUCCAGAUGUUAAAAUCCACCAGCCUGCUCCUCAAACAGCCAAACGCGCUCCUCUCUAGAGGCUGACCCGGAGAAGAAACAGAACGUGUGUAGUGUUCUGCUAACUGUCCGUCAGAAGAUAUAAAUACCUGGGAUAUAAAAACACUCUUAGCAGUAUGUAUUUUGUAUUUCAAUCUUAAAUCCCUCCACUGAUUGUACAUGUGUGUGUGAUGUAAGCAUCUUUUCUCCAUUUGUAUUUUUUUACCCAUGCAGUGAAUCAUGGAGCUUUGGCUAUUAAUAAAUCUAGGCUACUAUCCAAA